ACACAUGCGCUAUGUCAGUCAACAACAGAUUGCGCGCGCACGCGUAACUAACGCUGUGUUUUUUACCUUAUCCGCCGGCAACGACAUACCAACCGGCAGUAUUGAUCGGGUGUUCGCCACGAAAAGGCGUCUCGAAAAUGCGUCACGAUUUUUUCCGCGCUUAACCUGUGUUCGAAUAUAAAAUAUUAACCUGAUAUACUAAUAACGCUCAAAAUGGAGAAGUGAGAAAAGUUGUUUAGAGUGAUAACUCUACGAGAUUGACGAAAUGUCCAAGAUCCCUGUCGAUAAGAAUGCCAAGCUAAGAACCUUAGAGCUGCGAGGAGUUUACUCCGCUUCGAAGCUGAAGAGCCUGGAAACCAUAAAACCCUUUGAUGUAACUAGGUCCACGAGUAUUGCUGAGAAAUCCAACACUCCAACAAAAAUCAACAAUGAUGUAAAAGAGCAAGGAUUUUGCAAGACCUACGCAUCGUUCAUACCGAAAAUGAGUUUAAAUUUAGAAAAAGUGAUAGAGCAGAACCCUAGAAUAUUAGAUCUUCGUGAAAAACUAAAUCAAAUAACGAAAAAACAAGAUUGUAAAGUUGAUAAAAAAACUAAAGGACUAAUCAAUGAUAUAACCCAACAUCUUGUUGACAAGAAAGAUGAAGACGAAUCUGGUCCUUACAGCUUAUUAUUUGAUCUCCAAUCAGAUCCUUCAACAUCAUUCAAAGAAACUUCAAAAGUAAAUGUGUGGGACCGGCCAAAAUCUGAAAUUUUGAGUGAUUCGACAUCACAAACCCAUAAAAAUCUACUUAACCCGAUGAAUAAAAGCGCAGACAGGUUACCGAACGUUUUGAAUUUCGACGAGAAACCGAUGAGAGAAUUUGAGUAUUCUUGCGAAAACGAUUUUAACUUUCCAGUAAAAAAGACAUUCAACACACAUUCCAGAUCUGAUCUCUGUCUACAGUUGAAGUCGCAUGUCCAUACAAGAAUUUUUGAGUCAAACUUGAGUCCAAACGAUAAUUCACUGAGUAGGACGAACGAGGAGAACUCCCUGGAUGAUAGUUUAGGUAUCUUGACUCCAGACCAAAUGGAUGACAUAUGUUAUUUAGAAAAUGCUUUUUCGCCUACAGUAGAGGGAUUACCAAUAUUCUGUGAUGCAAACGAAAGUAAAAUGUCUCCAGAUAAUGGCGAUACCCCAUCAACUGAUAAGACUGAAAGCAACUCUGCUGCAUCGACUAUACAAAAUGAUGGAUUUGAUAGCUUAGAGAGUAAAAGGUGUGCUUUUGAUGGCCAAAUGGCCCCUAUUGUGAGCUUGGAAACAAUAAUGAAUACUGAUGAUCAUAAUUCACUCAUAUCGUUUGAUUCUCCUGCUCAUAAAUGCAGUGAGUCAUUGUCUGUUCCCGAACCGUUAUCGAAUACGUCAAAGGCUUUAGAUCUACCAUCUCAAGAUACCACGAUCGGGAAAGAUGAGUUGACUUCCAUAUUAAUAGAUGAUGAAUUCAUGCCUUCAAUUCACAGCAGUAUUCUUGAACCAGUUAGCUCCAUUGCUGAAAAUGUGGUAAAUUUAGAAAUACCUCUAGAUAAGCACGAGAAUGUUUUAACCACCAACAGGAUUGAACAAACCCCAUCACCGGAAGAUUUACCUCUAGACAGUUCAGAAAUUAACGGAGAAAUAAGUACUUACUCUCAGUUUUCUGCGUCGACCUUACAUGAUUCACAAACUUAUUCUGACGGUAAAAAUGAUUACCCAAAAUCUAUGGAAACUUCAAAAGUCUCUAAUAGUUUUAUAACAAGCAUUACCAGUAUUACUAGUUUAGAUGGUUAUCAAGGUGACGGAGAAAUGUCGAGACCAGUAAGUAGAGGAGCAGACCAUUCUAUCGAACAUCGUGAAGAUGCCAUAGAAAUGGAUUGGCAGAAUGUACCAGUUACUAGAAGAGCAGAUCCCAUGACAGAUUCAGAUUUCUUUACAGAAAGUGAUGCUGAUGGAUUAGAUGACCAUAUGCAACGAGGCGAUCGAAGAGCUCAAGUUAUUGAUGGCGCCCUUUAUGGCGGCAAGAAAGUAAACGGUAAUCCUCCUCUUAUUGUAAACAGAAAUGAAGACUCUUGCAUGGAAUCUAGCGGAGUUUAUACAGAUUUUGAAAACCAUCGUACUUCUCCCGUAUUUUUGAACGUCAUCGACGAUAUGUCUCCUGAUGGGUCAACUCCUUCAACGCGAUCAGAAUGCAGUCAGAAAAACGUCAGUACUGGAAAUAUAGAUGCCUACUUUUCACCCCUGCAAGAUGCCAUAGAUCAAAAAUCGGAUACGUCACACAUUGUAGACGAAGACGAGACGCCUAAAAACACCAGCAAACGAAAUUCCUUGAACAGUGUGAAAGACAUGAAGUGUACGGAAAAAACUAAAGAAGAAAAGAGAAGCUUUACUUUGAAAAAAUAUAAAAUGCCUAAGCGUGAUGUGCCAAGCAAGCUGAAAAGUAUGUUGGCAAACAGAAAGACUGAUGCGGAUAACAGUGUACAGAGCAGCCCCAAGACUGUAAAGAAGACGGAAAGAAGAGAAAACUUGGCGAAGAAGAAUUCGUUGGAUACGAAAAAUGAUUACAAGAUCAAGUCAUUUAAAGAUAUCAAGUCGAAAGUGGACUGCUCGUUUUCGUUACAACGAUCUCAGACCUCGUGUAGUGUCAGUAGAAUGCUAAGCUCAAAAUCCACCAGUACCAACGUGAAACCGAAAAGCCGUCACAUGCGUAUGCGCAUGGAGCUUGGUUCGGCGGCGGGCAGCGGCAAGAGCAGCCUGCAUAGUUCCCAGAGCGACAUCAGCGCGAGCAGCACCCCGCUCGGCAAGCAUACCACCAGCCGCUUCCCUCUGCUCCGGAACGGCAAGAAAAGGGAGAGCGCCCCUACGCCGACGACCCCCGCGCGCCCUCCCCCCACCCCUCCACAGCCCCAAGCCGUGCAAGCUAAGAAAAAUGGCGUGGUGCCCAAGUUGUCAUCAUCACCAGUGGCUGCGCGAGCGCGCACGUCCCUGGCCCCACCUCCUUCGCCUAGGAAGCCCGCGGCGCAUCGGGCUCCGGCGCAGAGACCAAACACCUUACCAACAAAUAAAGAGCCGCCGCGAGUGUCGGCCGCGGCGAUUGGUCCGCGCGGCAAGCGCGUGCAGACACCGCAGCCUGCGCGGACGCCGGCCGUCGCCCUCGUCGCGCCGCAGCAACCGCGGGAGCAGGCCGCUGCACUUGCGCACGCCGCUAAAGGCGUUGAAGCACUGGGCGUUUUAGUCCAGUAUUUAGUGUUCCGAUUGGACGCACUGAACGGCAGCGGAUGGCGGGUCGAGGCGGAGCGGUGGCGCGGCGUGGCGGCGCAGGAGCGCAGCAUCGCCGCGCGCGCCGACCGCGACCGGCAACAGCGAGCGCAGAAAGAUCUCGAUACCAUCGCAGAAUGCUUGAGCAAGAUCUCAGAGCUAGAGAUGGAGGUCUCGUCGAAAGAAGAGGUGAAUGCGCGCCUCCAGGCUAAACACAUCGAGGAGGUUGCUGCACUAGCCAAUGACAUCAAGGGGCUCAAGGAUACAAUCGAGUCCCUGAAACACGAAGUCGCCGAGAGUAGGGCGCGAUUACACGCGCACAGCGAAAUCGAGCGCACUCUACGCGCGCAACUGGAAGCGGCGCGGGCCGAGAUUGAACAUAGCAAGUCAUACAGCACAACGGUCAACACGUCCGUCAACACGUCCGUCAACUCGUCGUCCGACACGUCCACGGACACGUCGUGGGACAAGUCGUGCAACAUGUGCGACGCGGCGUGCGACCCUGUGUGCUGCGAGGCGGAAGAUUGCGAAUUGCGACUGGCUGCAAAUGAGGAAUUGAGCACAGAUGCCAACGAGUUGGCAGCUGAGGUACGAUCACUCCGCGCGGUGAUUGAGCUGAAGCAGGCGGAGGUCGCAUCUUUACGCGACGCGCGUUCAGAACUCGCGGCCGAGCGAGAGCGACGCGCGGCUAUGGAGCGGGAGGCCCGCGCCGCGCGCCACGCCGCCGAGGAGCUGCGCGAGCGGGCGGCCGCGCGGCAGCGGGACACGGACCGCCUGCGCGACGACAACAGGCGGCUGCGGGACGUGGCGGCGCGAGACCGGGACCACGCCGCCAGGCUCGCCGCGCUCAACGAGGAGCUCAGAUACAAACUUAGACAGAAGUCACAGGUGGUAUCCCUGUUAGCGGGUGGCGGCUACAUAGAGCGGCCGCCGCUGCGCGCGCGCACGUCGUCUGGCGACUCAGGUCGCUCGGCGUCGCCCGCGCCGGACUCACCGCCCUCGCCGGCCGCGUCCCCCGCGCCCGACUCGCCGCCGCUGCCCGCGGUCAAGGGCGUCGUCGAGAAACACGACUCAGUCAGCUGGGUCUUGGAGAUUGAGGAGACACCUGAAGAGGUUGCCUCGAGGCUUGCGCGCCGGUCGUCGUUCCGCGCGAGCGCGUCCCCGAGCGGCGUGAAGCGUCGCGGCGGCGGGUCGCCGGGCAGCGGCUCGCCCGCGCCGGCCUCGCCCGCGCCCAACGCCUCCAAGCUGUUCCGGCCCGGCGACCUGGACUUCCCGCCGCCGCCGCUCAAGGAGUCCGCCGGAGAGGCCAUCUACAUCUACGACGAUCGUCAGUACUGAGAUCGAAUGGACUUUGUGCUCGUGACUAGUCGUUACCGCGUGUGAGGCGCCACGCGAUGGGCGACCGACCAUGUUCUUGCCGGGUAUAGGUUUACUGCACGGUUAUGAGGCGUACUAUAAACAAAUGGGACCCAACCGGAGUGACUUCUAUGUAUUACGCGUUUAUGAAUUGAUACGUAUGUACCUAAUAUGAAAAUGGUGAAUGGAGAUGAUGAAACUUAAUUCACACGAUACCUAUGGUCUUAGCUCCUCGCUCUGAAACUCCAUUAUUCAAUGGACAUUGCAAAUAAUUUAUGAGCUUGGAAAUGUUAUUUUACGUAGAUUUAAUACGAGUUUGCUCUUUCUCAAUAGAAUUUAGCUUGAAGUGAUAAUGAUAUGUUAUUCUCAUAAACGAUAUUAAAAACAAUACCUUAGAUAUCUCAUAGUAAUCCUAGUUGGUGGAUACCUAUUUAUCUUAUUUCAAUUUUUAUCGACUUCACACGUUUCUACUAUUAGUGGAUAAAGUAAAUGGAAUAAGGUAAGGAGUAGCUCCAGACUCACACUAAAUAUAAGAUUUGCUUUUCUCAACAUUCUGGCCUCGGAACGGUGUACUCGAGUAGUUCUGCAUUUGAAGGAAAGUGUUUAUGUACCUGUGGAUUGCGCCAAUCAAUAAAACAUACCUUAACUAACUUUAUCUUACUGAAACUGUCUUGAAUUCUCCUCGUUUCAAUUUACGCUUAUACUUUAUUUAAUUGUUCUACUUCUUGUCUUUCUCGUGUGUCGAUAACAUUUCUGUUUCUUUCAUUUUAAAAUUAAUUUCUGUUUUUAUUGAUUGGUGCAAUUAUUUAUUGUUUCUGAUUGUUUAAAAAAAAAAGUGCUUCGAAAGUGUUUUAUCCUGUUCAGGCUUGUCAGUACUAGCAGGUUGUUAUGUGUAUUAAUUAGCAAUAGAUUGAUCGUAAUUAGGUAUUUAUAUUGUUUUGUAUUGUAUUUUUAACUUAAUUAUUAUAUUUUAUCACACUCGUUGAAUUAUUUUGUACAAAUAACAAUUUUAAUGAUGAAAAAUUAACAUAGUUUUAAGUGAAAGUGUAAUAACGACGAUUCUAUUCUGUAUGAUUACGGAGUGACGCUUUCAUUGUAUUAGGGCUGAGAUACUUUCUGUUGUGAAUGUUAUUUCGCAUUGAUUUUAAAUGUUUCUUAUAAGUUUAUUAUUGUAUGCUUAAUUAGAAGAAACAGAUAAACCAAAGAGUCACGUUCAACUAAACUCUUUGCCAUGUUCCUUUGUCCUACAUCUGUCAUCGAUGUUGCAUUGCAUGAUAGAUUACAUUGUAAAUUCAGUUUAUAUGAUUUUUAUUUAUUUUUAAGCUUAUCGUUAUAUUACAUUAAAUACCAUUCCAAAA